GUGGGCGGAGUCAAACUCGUUUAACCCGAACCCUUCCCGUCUCUUUCAAGAUCACCCAAGUUGAGGUAAACGUUGAAGGUAUCAACGUCAGCGAAUCUUAAUCGAACCUAACCUACAUGGAUAAAAAAUAUCAACCAUGGAAAAACAUUGCUCGGAUCUUGGACCUUGGAGAACUUUUGGUGUGGAUGAUCAGGAUCUACCAAAGCAAGGUUUCUCAAACAACUGUGGGGUGUUUGUUUUGAUGUUUUUACACGACAUUCAAUUCAUACAUCAAACUCCUGCAGAGCUGGAUGCUGAUGUGACAUACUGUGACUUCUUGGGGGAAAAGGGAUGUAUGUUUCUGGACGACGCACCCAUGCUGUUGAUAACAUGAUCGAGUGGUGCAGAUUACUGUUUGAUUUAGUAUGCUCUGUACAUUGCAAUGGAAGCACAGUGUGAUUUCACUGAGCAAAUUAUGUGACGGUGGUGCCUUGUUCUGCAGAACUUUCCCAUGCCGUCUGAAGAAGAGAGGUUGAAAGAUUGAAAAAGGUGGCGAAAACAAAACGCAUUACAGGUUGAUGUAGAAGAUGUCCACCCCCCCCCCCCCAAGCAUGUCACAUCAGCAUCCAGCUCUACAGGAUCAGAUGAUACUGAAAACAAAAUGCAUGGACAACUGGGAGCUGUGAACUGGCUAUGUAGUCUACUGAAGCAGAUGUUAUUCUAAGGGGCACCCUAGAUGCAGCAAUGUGGUGUGAACUCAACAUAUAAAGGCGUUGUUUCCUUCCAUAGUGUAAUUGGGAUGAACAUGGAAGACCGCAUUACAACCCUUAAAGAACUACGGUUGUAUGAUGGCCAGGAUGAAGAGGAAAAUAUUCUCCUCAAGGAACAAUUCAUGUUACAGAGAGAUUAUGAGAUGUUCUAUGUGGAGGCAGUUGACAACAAGAAAAUUACUGUCUUUGCCUCUUGAGGAGCAGGAGUGAAGCCAUUUUUGAGGAGUGGUCAAACCUUGUUUUUGUCUGCUGUUUUAAUUGUGUUAUGUGGUUUCGUGAAGAUGACGUAGAAGUCACCCGAGGCUCUGCUCUCUUUACUGGAGCUGGUAUAACUUAAUGUACAAAGCACAUUCAGCUUGUCUAUAUGGUAUAGUCUGUCCAUUCUCAUGAGGAAAGUAAAUAGCAUCAGGAUAGGUAGUGUGUGUGUGUUCAAUUAAAUAAUAUAAUUACAAAGUUAGAACACUUAUCAAUGCAAUUUUAACAGUAUAUGACAUACAUAACAAGUCUGUUCACUGCAACAAUAUCAGUAGCUUGUCUCAAAUAUAGCAUAAAGCAAAAAGUGUUACAACACAUCUGCUGGUACCACAUGAAAUAAUAUUUCUUAAUAUAUUUAAAAAAGAAUUACGUUUGUAUUGAAUGUGUGUGUUUGUAUUCAGUGUGACUGCCAAACUUCAGAUGGACAAAAAAAGGUGGGUGGGUCAAACUUUUGACUCCGCCCGUAUGGAGCCGGGCCUCGAUUUGCACACUGCAGUCAGGGGUACUCUAAGAAAUAUGCGCAGCUCGUAUGCUGCGUUCAUAACCAAGUGGGAGGUGCUAUUUACCACAAACGACUGGGACAAUACACGAUGCGCAUCCAACUCGUCUAUCAUGCCACGUUCAAAACAACUGUGAACUCAAAUCUCUGACUUCCGACUUUAGUGAGUUCAAAACAACUGGGAACUCUGAGGGAAAAAUUAGCUCCGGCUGGGAGAGAUCAAUUUGAACGGUCACUCAACUCGGCGAAAUCGGGCCUCUUUCUAUAGCUUUCUGACGUGAACAUGGCUGACUCCAUGAUUUGACCUUGUUCCCAGUUGUUUGAAUGCGGCGUCAUCCUUCCGACUUCUCCCACAUGCUGACCUCAUGUCAACUACUAAGGAAAUUACCUCAAUAACAGCAUUUUCGGCAGUUAAAUGUAACAGCAAGACAUUCUAUAUACAUAAAAAACGAUCUAUUAAUAGGGUUUUAGAACACUACCAGUUGUUUACAAGCAUAAUAGACAUACUUUUAGUUAAUGGUUGACACAGCUUGUUGGCCAUCAGCCAAUCUGCGUUUCUCAACGCGUUCAAAGCAUAUGAAUGUAUUUACGACUUCACCACUGGUAAUUACUACCUUUCCUUUUGGUUAUGAAUGCAGCAUUAUUGCCUUUGACACAUGCGCUUGGACCAUUUGUGUGAAAACACUAGUGCUUUUUUGUGGGCGCAACAUGGGCUGAUCCAAAAUACAGUACAUUUUUGGCUCUGUUCGAUUACUUUGAAGAUGUAUCCAACCUUUCUUCAUCGAGGUUUACAUCUUCAUAUAUAAUGUAAAUCAAUGGUGCACACACUAAUCUAUUUGAAAGGUGAAAGGAAGGAUUCAACAUAUAUAUCUCGCAGGUCUGUGAUUGCUCCAUUUAAUGUAUGAUUUGCUCAAAAGGAAGGACAUUAAACGUUUUUCAUUGGAGCCUGCUGAAAGCUUCUUCACGCCUACUUUACAGAAACUUACAGUCUGCCUCUGAUUUGUGGUGAUCCAUGCAAGAUACACAAUGUCCACCUCUGAUCCAGUGGUUAGCGCUGCAGGUUCGGUGGUAUCGGACCCUCAACACUCUCAGAAACUUCUCAAGGCCCUUCGCUCAUUUUGGAUAGAACAAUGCUUCCAAGACGCAGUCUUAGUACUGGAAGGGGAAAAGAUUCCAGUCCAGAAAAAUAUUUUGGCUGCGGCUAGUCCAUAUAUCAGAACAAAGCUGAACUACAACCCUCCAAAGGAAGAUGGAUCCAUGUACACCAUUGAGCUCCAGGGAAUCUCUGUCACUAUCAUGAAGCAGAUCUUGGACUACAUCUUGAGUGGGGAGAUCAGUCUGAGUGAGGACACCAUUCAGGACAUGGUCCAGGCCGCUGACCUGCUGCUCUUGACAGACCUGAAGUCCCUGUGCUGCCAGUUCCUGGAGAGCUGCAUUGCUGCAGAGAACUGCAUUGGGAUCCGGCUUUUCUCUCUACAUUACUGCCUUCACCAUGUUCACCAUGCUGCCACAGACUUCCUUCAGACACAUUUCUGUGAUGUGGCCGUCACGGAGGAGUUUACGGAGUUACCUCCAGACCGGCUGUGCGAGAUCCUGUCGAUGGACAAGCUCAACGUGGGCAAUGAGAAACAUGUCCUGGAGGCUGUGGUGCGCUGGCUUGGCCAUGACCUGGAGGAACGGAGGGUGCACAUGAAAGAGGUGAUGUCAUCGGUGUGGAUCCAGGGGCUGGACCAGGGUUACCUGAGGGAGCAGAUGUUAGGAGAGCCCUUGAUGAGGGAGGUGAUCCGGGAGUACUGCAACGCUCCACUGGGGGGCGCAACACUGCAGGGCGAGGCUCUGUUAGCCGCCUUCAAACCUCGUGGCUACUCGGAGUGCAUUGUCACUGUAGGGGGGGAGGAGAGAGUAACGAGGAAGCCGUCAGCCAUGAUACGCUGCAUGUGUCCACUCUACGACCCAAACCGCCAGCUGUGGAUCGAGCUGGAACCAAUGAGCAUUGGGCGAAUAGGGCAUGGGGUGCUGGCAGCAGAGGGCCAUCUCUUUGUGAUGGGUGGCAUGGAUGAAACCAAGACAGUCCUGAGCAGUGGAGAGAAAUAUGACCCAAACACAAACACUUGGACCCCCAUUCCUUCCAUGAAACAGGCGAGGCAGAACUUUGGUGUUGCUGAGCUGGAUGGGAUGAUCUAUGUGUUGGGAGGAGAGGAAGAGGACAUGGAGCUCCUGACUGUGGAGGUGUUCGACCCUCACUACAACACCUGGACUACCCAAACCAGCAUGACCAUGGUCCGCAAGGUUGGCUGCUAUGCCACCAUGAAAAAGAAGAUCUAUGCCAUGGGUGGUGGGUCAUAUGGAAAGCUGUACGACUCAGUAGAAUCUUAUGAUCCAAAGACCCAGCAGUGGACUGCAAUCUGCCCUUUGAAAGAGAGAAGGUUUGGCUCAGUGGCGUGUGGUGUGGGUCAGGAACUCUAUGUGUUUGGAGGCGUGAGGAGCCGUGACUCAGACAACCCAGAAUCCAGCACCAUGACCACCUGCAAGUCCGAGUUUUUCCAUGAUGAGAUGAAAAGAUGGAUAUACCUGGAUGACCAGAAUCUCUGUGUUCAGACCAGUUCCUCCUUUGUGUAUGGAGCUGUCCCCAUUGGAGUCAGCAUUUAUGUGGUGGGAGACCUAGACACUGGUACAACCUAUGACUAUGUGAGGGAAUUCCGUCGUAGCUCGGGGACAUGGCACCGCACCAAGCCCAUGCUGACAUCUGAUCUGUGCAAGACGGGCUGUGCAGCCCUGCGCAUCGCUAACUGCAAACUGUUCCGUCUGCAGCUGAAGCAGGGCCUGUUUAGACACAGGGUCCCAUCGUCAUAGAAAGCACCAAAAGGAGUGGCAUUGUCUCCACAUCUUUUGGCAAUGGGCACAGCAAUGGGACAUAAGAAUGGAGGUUGAAGAGGGGACCCUCCAAUGGGGAGUGACCAAUGGGGAGUGACAGUAAAGUGACUGUUCCACUGGAUGUCAUAAGGUGAAUGCACCAAUUUGUAAAUCGCUCUGGAUAAGAGCGUCUGCUAAAUGACUUAAAUGUUAAAUGAUUUUUGGAGUAUUUAUCUGCAUAUUUUGCUGACUUUCUUAGGGUUCAUGAGGGUAUUAUUGUAUGUGCGAUCUUGCUUGAAGAGGGAUCACUUUUUAAACAUGGCCUUAUUUCAUUGCAAUUUAACAGUGGGAAUGAUUUGUAAAUACAUUUUACUGACAUUCCCCAUUUGCUUUUUAUGUUUACUACAUUUUUGCUGCUGCUUGGUGGACUUUAGAGAAUGUAACACUAUUUUUAAGGGGUGAAAAGGAAGAAUUACAUUUUAGCAGACAUGCUUAUCCAGAGCCACUCACAGGAGCAAUUAGAUUAAAGUGCCUUGUUCAAGGGCACAUCUA